UAGUGGGCCUUAGGCCCAAUAGAAAUCCUAACGUAAAUAAAAAAAAUAAAAAAGGACGACUUGCUUUGAUUCUGAAGGCAGCGACCGCGUUUUCAUCUCCCACAUCAGAAGCUCUCAGCUGCACUGCAACUUUGCAACCAUCUGCCAUGGUUCUUCUACAGCUAGAUCCGUUUCUCAAUGAACUCACCAGCAUGUUCGAGCGAAGCACUGAGACGGGCUCUGUUUGGGUUACACUUAAACGAUCAACCUUGAAGUCUAAAGCCGUUAGGAAUAAAAUGGCAACUGCUGGUGAAGCAAUUGAGUAUAGAUGCCUUAUCCGUGCCACCAAUGGGAAAAAGACAAUCUCUACUUCGGUUGGAGCAAAGGAUCACCAGCGCUUUCAAGCUUCUUAUGCAACUAUAUUGAAGGCUCACAUGACUUCCCUGAAGAAGAGAGAAAGGAAGGAAAAGAAGAAAUCCGCAGAGGCUGAUAAGAGAGAAGGCACUUCAAAGAGGCCUAAGAAAUCUUAAAAGUAUAAUAGGUACUGUUUACCCGCUACAUGGCGUGGAGGGGCAAUCCAAAUAAGAUAACUAAAUGGUAUGUGUCUUAUUCAUCAUAUAUUCAAUUUUGAUCUAAUAUCAGCGUGGAUUAGCUUUAUCUCCCAUAAAAGAAUGCAAGUUCUAUGAAUGAAAUCUUUUAUAGACAUCAAGAUAACAAAAGAGAAGGAAAAGAGAAACUAGAUGUUUAGUCACCUAAAUCCUAUUGCAUAAUCUCAAGCAGCAUUUCAUUAGGCAAAGCUAGCUGUUUUGGUUUCCCAUGGGUAUUCUCCAGUUCGGCAGGUUAAAAACUAAGCUGUCGUGGAUCAAAAGUCUAUUUAAGGAUUUGCCGCUGGCCAAUGAGUUGUUGCAUGAACAAGAUGGAAUUCAAAUUGUAAUACCCUACUAUACAAAGCCUUACGCUAUAAUCGUAAAUCAGAUGUGAU